AUGGGUCACUUUGGACUGAAUCAUCUCAUCCGGGAGAAACUCUUGAGAAGUAUCAACGGGACACAUGUCGCUAACCCAUUGAACCGGCUCGAUUUGUGUUUGGCGAAACCAGAUAUGUUCUUCGUCGACGUCGUUGAUUCUCGUCGCUGGAUCUUGAGGAUCCUCAUAUUUUCUCAUAUGUCUAUCAAAAGCUCGAAUCCUUUGCAAAGCUCAUCGAUUAGACAUUCUCCUCCAAGAUUUCCGGCCAUCGUUGGGAAGAAAUCGUGGAAAUUGGGUUAUAGAUUUUGCUGGGUUUGUCUUGUUGAUGAUUUAGGAGAAGUCAUUCGAAGAAAGAUUUGA